GGUGGUAUCUCCCGCUGCGCUUCCCACCCCCCCCCUCCGGCUGUGCGCGGUGGUAGCGGCCCGGGUGGGAGGGCGCGCGGGCCCCGGAGCGGCGCGCGAGGUGUCACCACCCCCCCCACACACACUGAAACCCCCGUGGGGUCCAGCACCAUGUUCGGCUCAUCCCGAGGUGGGGUCCGGGGGGGCCAGGACCAGUUCAACUGGGAGGACGUCAAGACGGACAAACAGCGGGAAAACUACCUGGGGAACUCCCUGAUGGCCCCGGUGGGUCGGUGGCAGAAGGGGAAGGACCUGACCUGGUACGCCAAGGGCAAGAAGGACACGGCCCCCCCGGUGUCCCGCGAGGAGGAGUUGGCCGCCGUGCGCCUGGCCGAGCAGGAGGCCAUGAUGGCAGCUCUGGGCUACAAAAACGUGAAGAGGCAGCCCACCGGGCUCAGCAAGGAGGACCUGGCCGAGGUUUGCAAGCGGGACGGCACCGAGCGGGACCAGCGGGACGUGGACCGAGUGGUGGGUUUGGGCAGCUCCAGCGGCAGCGCCGGCCGGGUGAUGCUGUCCAAGGAGGACAAGGAGGCGGCUAAGAUGGGGCUCUCCGUCUUCACGCACCAAAAGGUCUCCAGCAGCCCCGAGACGUCUGGUCCCAAGAAGAAGCAGGAGAAGGAGGAGAAGGUGGAGGAGAAACGACCGGAGGGCAACAAGAAAUCCAAAAAGGAGAAAAAGAAGAAGAAAAAGAAGAAACAUAAGAAGGAGAAGAAGAAGGACAAGCAUCACAAGAAGGAUGCUGCCCCAUCGUCUUCUGAUUCUUCUUCGGAGCAGGAUGAGAGGCACCACCGCCGGAAAACCCAGCAGCGUGCGGAGACGUCGCGGCACGGCCGGCGCCGGCACGACAGCGGCUCCUCCGCCGGCAGCCGCGGCUCGGGCAGGAGCCCCUCGCGCCGGCGGCGCAGCCGGAGCCGCGACCACCGCGGUCGACACCCGUCCCCGCGGCACAGGGCGAGGAAGAGGAGCAGGAGCCGGUCCCCUUCAUCCCGUGGGGUCCGGCAACGCCACAACACCGAUUCGGAGGACUGAGAGGGAGCUUGUUUGGUUAUUUUGGUUUCGUUUUGUUUUUUUUUUUUUCCGGGGAAAGUUCAUAUAGGUUAUAUAUUUUUUAAGAUUAUUAAAUUUAAAAAAGCCGGA